AUGGCCAUCAUGGGAGAGGAAAGGUUCAUGGAAGAAGGGUUCACUGAGAACACGAAAACGGCGGAAGGUUUCUUCGCCUGGAAGAUAACGGAAGCUGCGAACCGUGAACCACGCAGCCGAAACCGUCAAGAUGGAUUUGACUUAGAUGAAAUAGAUUUUAGGAGGUUAUUCCGCCUGUCAAAAAGAGCAGCCCACGUACUAUGCGAGGAAUUGCGGCCGUACCUCACACCGUUCUUGGAGAGGUUGAAUGCCUUGUCGGUCGAAACAAAGGUGCUCUGCGCACUGCACUUCUUCGGCUCCGGGAGUUACCAAAUGCCUGUUGGGAACCAACCGGAGAUUGGGCUGCCGCAGAGUAGCACCAGUCGUUGCAUUCAGCAAGUGAUAAACGCCAUGCAGGAGCCAGAAGUUAUGCAGCGUUGGAUACAGUUUCCAUGUGACUCGGCAAGUGCGCAAGACAUCAAAGAGGGCUUUUUUGAGAGCUAUGGAUUUCCAGGAACACUUGGUGCAAUUGAUUGCACCCAUGUGGCAAUCGUCGCCCCAUCUCUGAAUGAGUCAGCGUUUGUAAAUCGAAAGGGGUAUCACUCUAUCAACGUGCAACUGGUGUGUUCCUCGGAAAUGGAGAUACUAAAUGUGAAUGCGAAGUACCCAGGGAGCACUCAUGAUGCAUUCAUAUGGAAGAAUUCCACACUGCGCGAUGCACUGUCAUGCAACAGGAUUCCAAGAACGAACUCCUGGCUCAUUGGGGAUAGCGGAUACCCCCUGGAGCCGUGGCUCAUGGUGCCCUAUGCUGAAUCGGAGGCAGCAUCUGAUUCAUCGAAAGCAACUUUUAAUGUUCGACAUCAGAAGGCACGGGCAGUCAUCGAGCAGUGCAACGGACUUUUGAAGAGCCGCUUCCGGUGCCUACAUAGACAUAGAGCACUGCACUAUUCACCAAGUGUAGCUGGGAAAAUUAUAAAUUCCUGUGCAAUUCUACACAACAUUUGUUUGAGAGAGGGCGUUGAGCUGGAGGAUCCCCCAGAGAUAGACUCUGAAAUGUUUGACACACACAGCCAAGCCGAUCAGGAAGAAACUCGAGCUGGAGGGGCAAGGGUAGAGCAUUGA